UCACUUGCUCUCAUCUCGCGUCGUUCCUCCGUCGCAAAAAGCCGCUGUUCCGCCGCGCCAGUUCUGUUCCACCAAGCUCCAACCCUUCUCUUCUCCAGCCAUCCGGUUCUCCCUCACCUCUGUGCUCUAGAAGGGUUUCUUUCGCUUGUGCCUUUGCCUUCUGCAUCUGCUUCUCCUUUUGGAACCACCAGCUUCUUUACUAGAGUCAGAUACGCAUAUACCAUCUCACCGAGAAGGAGAAAGACGGUGAAAUCAAAGCCGCCGAAAUCAGGGACCAUCCAGUGUCCUAAAGGGAUCAGCUCGAACAUCAUCAACUUAAUCUGGUUUAGGAUGUUUCUCCUUCAGCAUCGUUUCAUUUGUUUGCAAUUCAUUCUUAAAGAAGCACCGCUGAACAACAUGGUUUUGACAUGUAAAUCUGCAAGCUUGAAAACACAAGAGAGAGUGUGAAUAAACUAUGAUUUCUUACCUUACUGAUUGUAUAAGCCCCAAAGUGGCAUCAUGUCUGGGGAGCCAGAUUUAAGCACAUAAUAGAAGUUGGAGAAGUGUUUUCAUAUGAUAGAUUUGAGAUUUGAGGUAACGUUUGAAGAAAAUUGGGUAGCUUCUUGUGAUGGAUCAUCACUUGGCUAGUGAUUCUCCGCAGGUUCGUCCUAGAUGGAGGAAAGUAGCAUAUGGCGGUAUGCAACCUGGUUUUGAUGACAAUCAUACCGAUGAAUCUUUCCUUGAAGGAAUGGUCAUGAAUGCCAAUGUUGUAAGAAGGGACAUGCUAAAGGUGAUGUUAGACUCUGUUUCCAUUUCUGAAUACUUAUGCAUUGUAGCUCUUGUUGUCUUAGUAUGGACCUACACACUAGAAUCAACCAUUGAUGAGAAUCGUCUUCUGUGCAUAGAUGUUAGUCUUCUAGUUUCGGGUUUCUUGAUUCUCCUUUUCACUCGGGAAAAGAUUUCCCUUAGCAUCCUUGUUCAUCAUUAUUUCCUCAAUAUCUCGUUUUUCAUAAUGGGAUUAUAUGUUUUGGCACCCAUCUACCAAACCCUUACAAGAUCCAUCAGUUCUGAUUCCAUUUGGGCGUUAACCGUAUCACUCCUCGUGAUUCACCUUUUUCUGCAUGACUAUUCGGAAUCAACUGUCAAUGCACCGGGGGCUCUCAAAAAUCCUGCAUUGACCAGUUGCAUCUCUGUAAAUGCUUCUGUAGUUGCCUCUGUAUUCAUUGCUUCUCGCCUUCCGUCGAGACUACAUGUUUUUGCCAUCAUGCUAUUCUCCUUGCAAGUUUUCCUAUUUGGUCCCCUGGUUACUUGCUGCAUUAAGAAAUAUUCGUUCCGUUUACACCUGUGUUUUUCUAUCAGUUUGAUGGUUGUGACAUUAAGUUUCGUGUACAUGCUGCGUUGCUUACUUUUCGUGUUGUUGCUUAGUUUGCUGGUUUUUGUCAAUGUGGUCUGCCCUUAUUGGCUUAUACGGAUCCAGGAGUACAAGUUUGAGAUCAAUGGACCUUGGGAUGAGGCUAAGCUUUGUUUUGCUAUUAGAGACUGAGAUAAAAACAAAGCAAUUUUGAGUAGCUUUCUGGGGUUCAUGUGAAUGUAAUCUUCUUAUUUGCUGAUUAUGGUCCUAGAUGCAAAUUUUGUAAUGCAUGGGGCCAUGGAGUUACCCUAAGAUUUUUGUAUCUUUCAUAAUUACAGAAGGAAAGUAUAGUGAAAGUUUUAUGUGAACAAGUUUUUGAAAA